GUGCAGCUAAGUGCUACUUCCUUCAAGAUUGCAUGUCAACGGAAAGGCAUGCUAUGCUGAUGUCCCCUGCUCAAACUAAUUGAAAGCGUCUAAAGGGAGUGGGCGAUCGACCUGUGGAUGCUGUGAGCGAGGGAGCAGAGAGCGAGAGAGGUGGAGAGUGACAGACACAGAACAAGUGCCUUCGGUCAUGAGGACCAGGGUUGUUCAGCUGUUUCUGGUCAACGCAUUGUCCUGUGGACUGGAGAUAUGCUUGUCGACUGGAACUAUCUACAUGCCACCGCUUCUGCUGGAAGCCGGGAUGGAGGAGCACUUAAUGACUAUGGUCCUGGCUCUAGGGCCGGUGCUGGGGCUGAUGUUCGUGCCCAUAAUCGGCAACACAAGCGACCAGUGGAGCGGCCGAUUUGGCCGUCGGCGACCCUUCAUCUGGGCACUGAGCUUGGGCAUCUUGCUCAGCCUGUGGCUGAUUCCCCACUCUGCGCACCUGGCUGCUCUGCUGGCCCCGAGCCCCCGGUUCCUGGAGGUGCUGCUGCUCGUGGUCGGCAUUAGCAUGUUGGAGUUCUGCGGACAGGCCUGCUUCACGCCCCUGGAGGCCCUGCUGUCCGACCUCUUCCCCAGCGAGGAGGAGAGUCGCCUGGCCUUCUCCGUCUACGCUCUCAUGGUCAGCCUCGGAGGCUGUGUCGGCUUCCUGCUUCCAGCCGUCGACUGGAACUCCAGGCCCCUGGCACACUACAUGGGCGGCCAAGAGGCCUUCAUCUACACCCUGCUCAGCCUCAUCUUCCUCCUCUGCCUUCUGACCACCGCCUUCGUCUCCGAAGAGCGCGGAGGAGGCCAAGUGUCCAAGCGGCCUUCCGCCGGCCCUCCGACCAAAUCCGGGGCGUACUGCUUCCUCCGGCCCCCCCUUCCCCGCAUCAAUCAGCUGCGCCUGGUCCUGGGCGGGUGCCUCACCGCACUGCCCCGGCUGUAUCGCGCAUACCGCCAAGUGCCCUUAGUCAUAUGGCGCCUCUUCAUGGCGGAGGUGUGCAGCUGGAUGGCGCUCAUGACCUUCCUGCUGUUCUACACAGACUUUGUGGGGGAGGGGCUGUACCAGGGGGUGCCCACCGCUGCUCCAGGUUCGACAGAGAGACUACGGUAUGACGAGGGUAUACGUAUGGGGAGUCUGGGGCUCUUCCUGCAGUGCUCCACCUCGGUGGUCUUCUCCCUGCUGAUGGACCGGCUGGUGCAGUCGCUGGGGAUGAAGACGGUCUACCUCAGCAGCAUAGCGGUCCUGGCGCUCGCCACCCUGGUCAUGAGUGUGUCCCGCUGCCUGCCUCUGGUCACCCUCAUGGCCGCUGCCACCGGCUACACCUUCAGCACCCUGCAGAUCCUGCCCUACACGCUCAUCUGCCUCUACCACGCCGACAUGCCGGUAUUUUUCGGCAAUUCCAAUUCACAAAUAUCUGAGGACCAAGAAAAAGUAGAGAAGGCGUUGAUGCUGCCCCCUGGCGGCAUCAAGCAACAUUGCAGCAAUGGACAUCCAGGCGGGAAGCCAGGAUCAGCGUCUUCAGCACCCGGGCUGGCUGCCGCCCCCACCCUGGGAAUAUACGUGUCCCUGCCCCUGGACGGCGCCCUGCUGCCCCCCCACGGACCGCCGGAGGUGGCGCGGGGGAUGGGCCUGGACAUGGCCAUACUGGACAGUGCCUACCUCCUGUCACAUCUGCUGCCCUCGCUGGUCUUGGGCUAUGUCGUCCAGUUCACCCGCAGUGUGGCCGCUUACAUGGCCUGCGCCUCCGUCUUCAGCUUGCUGGCCAUCUACAUCUCCAGCAGGGUGAUAUUCGACAGGGCCGACCUCGAACGCCACAGGGUCCGCCCAGCGCAGGCUUAUAAAGGCACUCUGGAUGUAAGAACUUGAUAUAGGGGCACAUUUCACCCUAUCCAAUCCCAAAUUAUAUAUUUUUUAUUUAUUUUAAAAAAAAGAACAAAAACUGGAUUUGGUUGAGUGUGCAAUGUUUACAUUCAAAUAUAAAAUGCUCAAAUUAUUUAAUGUAACAAAUAAGGGCCAGUAGAAAGCCAAUUUGAUUGGUUUACUUGGUGACAGUGAAAUUCAGUUAAAGAUGUUUCUCUCAGGGAUAUGACACCAUGGUGCCUCCUCUGCUUCAACGUCUGGAGCUCAAGGCCCAGUGUUCUGGCCACUACACUAUCUACAUUUCAGAUGUCCACUUUAAAAACUUUUUUCUUUUUUUUUUAAGAAAAGAAGUAAAAGGAUUUCAAGAUAUUGAAUGCUUUUAAACAGCUCGAGCAGGACUUGCUAUUGCCUUAAUACUGUUUUUUUGUUUGUUUGUUUGUUUGUUUUUUUGGAUGAAAAUAUUUUGGAUAAUAUUGCCAUAAAGAACAAAUGUACUUACUGGUUGUUUUCAACUGGAACAAACUAAUUUGUUAUUUAGCUGAGGCUUUUAUCCAAAGUGACUUACACUUGAUUAGACUAAGCAGGGGACAAUCCCCCCUGGAGCAAUCAACAUAAAAGCUAAAUAACAAAAUCAUUAUAAUGAAUUAUGUAGCAGAAAGAGAUGACCACUCUACAGUGGACAAGUCCUCUUAUGUAGAGUUGUUUGAAUAUUACUUCAAUGCACUUUCCAUUCCUCAGGUAUCUGAAACAGAUUUUUAUCAAUCAUAUUCAUUACUCAUAUAAUUAAAUUAUGGAUUUAG